CCCUCCAAACUCAAAGGCCGGGCAGCAGCGCCAUACGGAACAUCCUGCGCUGAGCGGAGAGGGGGGAGGAGAGAGGAGAGCGUGCGCUGAGAGACAGACGGAGGUCUGGAGUCUCCCGGAUCCGAACUAUCAACCUCCAGAACUCUGAGAACCAGAGAGAGAGAGAGGAGGGCUGGUGGGAACCUCGGUGUUGAUUAAAGAGCCCGACCAGGAGGAGGACUGAUGUUCGCGCUCUGAAGUUGGACACGCUACUACCGAGAGCCCGGGAGCCAGCACACGCACAGCAGGAGCAGCCCGGUUCACCUCCCCGAACCCCCGCUCCUCCCUGCUCUCCCCUGAAGGCGGCGGCGGCACCGGGAGGCUGCGCCCACGAGUCCCGAACCAUGAAGCUGCCUUGGAUGUUUGCGCUCACGGCGCUGCUGGCGCACGCGACGGGACAGACGUGGUCCCCGCCCAUUGACGACGAAGGCUCUGGGAAGGACGACUAUUACGAUGAUGAGGACCUCUACUCGGGCUCCGGCGGCUCUGGAUUUCCUGAUAUCACUAUGAGGCCAACAUCAGUGUCUUUCACCACAGAAGAGCCCCUCCUCUUCUCAACCACCCAGGCAACAAGCCCCGCCCCCUCUGCCUCACCUGCAGCCGAGCCCAGCCCCAGUCCAGAAGACGCCACCGUGGCCACCCCGCUGCCCACUGAGGCCGACGGGGAGAGCGGCGUUUUCUAUGAGCAGGAGACGGAGAAGGAGAGGGACCGAGAGAGCGAGCUGGAAAGAGAGAGACAAAUGGAAAGAGAGCGAGAAAGAGAGAGGGAGCGGGAGAGGGUCCGAGAACUAGAGAGGGAGCGGGAGAGGGAAAGGGAGCGGGAACGUGAAAGGGAGCGGGAGAGGGAACGAGAGAAGGAGCGGGAGAGGCAGAGAGAGUUGGAGAAAAUCCGGGCGGCUCAGACCACCGCCGUUCCCGUGGUAACCAGCGACCCAACAACCAGCGCCACAGAGAGUCGAGAACCCUCCGCUGGUCCUGAUGACCUCAGCAUCACAGAGGAGGACGAGGGGGACGUGUACCUGUCUCCGGAGCCCACCUCGCCUUACGAAUGGGAAUUUACCACCUCGGAUUAUGACGCGCUCGCCACAGAGAGCACGCCUGAACCCACAACACCUUCACCCUCCACCACAGCCAAAACCAGAUUCCCCUUCAGACCCAGGGUUCCCAUGACGACUGCUACACGGGCAGCGCCAACGGAGAGAACGACCCGCCCACAGCGGCCCACAACGACGCAGGAGAGUACCAACGAGGUGGGCCCUGCAGGACCCAGCGGAGACUUCGAGAUUCCCGAAGAUCGGCGUAACGGCCUGGGCCGAGGCGUGAUCCCUGUGGAUCCGGAUCUGAUUGGCAACACGGUGGAUGGAGGUAGUUCUGCUGCCCAGCUGCCUCAGAAAAACAUCCUGGAGAGAAAAGAGGUGUUAAUAGCUGUGAUUGUGGGAGGUGUGGUGGGCGCCCUGUUCGCCGCCUUCCUGGUGAUGCUGCUGGUGUACAGGAUGAAGAAGAAGGACGAGGGCAGCUACACGCUGGAGGAACCCAAACAGGCCACAGUCACCUACCAGAAACCCGACAAGCAGGAGGAGUUUUACGCGUAACACUCGUGUUGCCGAGGAGACACGCGGCUCACCUGAGGAGAAGCGAGAGAAGAGAGAAAGAUACUCUAAAGCCCUCCCCCUCCUCCCCUCCUCUUCCCCCUUUACCUCCUCAUCCCUCGCCUUUCUCUCUGGGGACUUUCUUUUCAAUGAAAAUGAAAAAAAGAGGACAGAAACUGAAAAAAAAUCCAAAUUUAUUCAGAAAAAAAUAACACACACAGACACGAGAUGUUUUUAAAAGUACCUGUUGUUAUUAAUAUUCUGCAGAUCCUCUUGUUCUGUAUGUAAUGAUAUGAUUAUUUUGUAAGAAAAGCAAAAACAUUCUCUUUAACUUGUGUUUUCAAACACGCGCGCGCACACACACAAAAAUAAGCUCCUCUUGUGUUUCUACUGAGCAAGUAUAAAGAGGAGGGGGAGGGGCUUGAAGAGAACAAACACACCCUGAGGGUCUGGUUGGCCUGCGCAGAGUCGGGAUCAAAGGUGAGCGGAAGGGUCUCUUUUGUGCCUUCCGUCGUUUUGGUUCUCAGACGCACAUUUACACACACACACACACACACACACACACACACACACCCCGGUAUCUGCUGGAAGGUGGCUCUGACCUCAUGCUCUACUCGGCCAACCAGAAAACGGUGCUCAACCAUCGCCGUGUUCCUGUCGGCGAUCCGGUGGCCCCUCUCUGCUCCUCUGAGCUGUACAAAGACUAGUUAUGGAUAGUAAUAAUAAUAAUAAUCAAUAAUAUAUCAAUGUUUUUAUGAGGGAAGUUGGAGCAAUAAUAAUGAAACUGGAGGAUGUGUAAUUAGCAUUUAAAGAAGAAACAUUUAUGUGUAAAUAUCAGCGUAUCCUUUCUGGCGUCACUCACCAUCUGCAUGAUCAUGAAGCGUUUUUGACUCGUCACGUCAGACGAGCUGUGCUCCUGCCACGUGCACACACCACACGGACUCUCCGACCAUCGCCACCACCCACCCGCCUUCGGGGUCGUUUGUUUUUGACCGGUCUGUGAAAGCACAACCACCCGCUCCCUCUCUGUCCGCAUGCCUCGUGUCGUUUUCCCCUCUGCCACCGGUUGCCUCUCCGUUUGGAGACGAGGAGGGGCGAGGAAGUGGCUCCCACGUUCGCCGAGGUCAGGACGUUCAGCUUUCACUCGCUGUGGGACCAUGUUGUCGGGGGGGGGGGACAGGUGAAGCGACAGAUCACAGUGCUUCUGUCGAAUAGAUUGUAACUAAAUCCACACCAGUGUGACUGGGUUAGUAGCUUCUCUUAAACGCUGUACUGUAGAACAAGAAACCACAUGGGAGUCAAAACCUUACGUGUGUGUGUGUGUGUGUGUGUGUGUGAAGAAAAGCGGGGUGUGUUAAAGUUGGAAUGUACUGUGGUCGAGUGUGUGUUUACCUUGUCAUGCUCGUCCACAGAUGGUAACACACCUGUGUUAAAUCACCUUCAACCGUUUGAGAAGGUGUAUGUCUACACCUCAUCUAAGCCCACCUCCUCACCUGUGUGUGUGUGUGUGUGUGUGAGUGUGUGUGUGAGUGAGAGAGAGAGAGAGACGGCUUCACUUUGGUGUUUCACAGCACACUCUUGUGUUCACCACACCUGUCUGUCCAAAUGUGUGUGUGUAUGUGUGUGUUUGCAUGUUUUCACUGCUGAAUGUGGGGCGUCGCGUUCCUGAACGUCUCUCUCUCUCUCUCUCCCUCUCACUCUCUCUCUCUCACACACACAGUGACUGUCUCUUUGCCAUCUGUCUGGCUUGUCUGCCCGUCCGUCCUUCCGCCCGUCACAGAGACGGAUGGACAGAGAUGAGGCGCCACCUUCUCUCACGGACAGGGAUGAUUUGCACGUCGUCUUUUCUAAAGUGACUGUCAAAAGUUUGUACCCAUCUACGCCUGCGUAGCCAAAUAAGUGUGUGAAAGAGGUUAUAUUUGUAAGUGUGUGUGUGUGAGUGAAGCCCAGCGGAGGCUAAACUUCUCUGUUUGCUGUUCCAUUCCUGUUUUUAUACAUUUGCAUUUUUUUAAAAGGCUGAGUUUCUGUCAUUGGCUGAGUGAGUGCGAGGAGGCGGAUCCUCCACGCCACCGCCCUGUCACUAAUCUGCCACUCUGUUACAAAUAAAAACAACCUGAUUGGGUAAA